UACCUUGCUACUGCCUUAUCGUUGGCGUGUUUAACCAAUAUUAUCUGCCUGCACUCUUCGGAACUGUUGAUCAACAUUAGCUGACCGCAUUCCUCGAAACUGACACUGGUCCAUGCCUAGUGGCAGCCAUUAAGGAAAUUGUAAUAACCAUUUUUUGCGAAAAUUGUGAUUUCAGCACGUUUUGAAUUAAAAUGAAAGUGAAGACAGUGUAGGUACUAUUCGAAAUGGAUGACACAGAAAGUACAACUACAUCAGCGGACGAAAAUACUGGUAACUUGUGCGAUAAUCCUACGAGAGACACGCUCGCGGAAGGUCUAUUGGGUCUUCUGAAGCCUACUGUAGAUCAACUCGACGACAGGGUGCGAGUUACUAGAAUAUCCCAAUUAGAAUUGAAACAACAAAUAGACAGCCUAAACGAAGAAUUACAGAAAGUGCGGGAGGCCCUUAACAAUCAUCCUGACUUGGACCCUUACGUUAAGAAGCUUAUCGCAUGUAAACACAAAGUCACUGUUGUACUCAAUGUGUUGCAGGCUUCACAAGAUCGAUUGAAUGAAAUAAGGCGUAUGGUGAACAAAGAGAAGAGUGUUCGACCUGCAGUCCAUAUAGAAUCACCCCAAGAGCCACAAGAACCUGAACAGGGGCGUAGUGGAGUUGUCUCACAGCAAGGAAGUAUCAACUGAUAUGGAG